UCGCGUCCCAUUCCCAUACCGUACAAAACCCAUUCCCUUGCAAUUGAAAAGCCCCACUCACGCUUCUCACAGACACUCAUAUGACUGAACCAAACAAACAAAAGAUGAGAUGGAUCAUGGGAUCAUUAUACGGACGAAAAUCGAUCGAAAAAAAUCAAAAUAGUACGAUAAGACACGACAAAUACGGGGGGUGAGAAGCGGUAAAAGUAACUACAGAGGAAUCGUGGCGGUCGUGGCGGUGAUGGGUUUGGGCUUUCCGCCGUUAGAAUCUCUCUCAUACCUUUGCCUCUUCCUCCCAGUUUCCCCACUCGCAACGCAUUAGAGAGAAUCAUUAGAGAGAGAGAGGUGUUCCCUCUGUACUUUUGGAAUUGUGUGUACCUUUCUGAGUUCUUUAUAUGUUAUUAAGUAUUUCUACGAAGUAUUUGGGUUUUCUUUAGCGGGAUUGUUGUGGUUUUAUACUACAACACUCAAUCUCUUGCUUCGCCUAAUCAUAUAGGAGGAAGGAAACGAGUGCUGCUUUCUUCGCUUGCAGAAGAUUCCAUUCCUAUUCUUGUAAGCGUCUCUCAUUGAGUCCCUCGUCGAAUUUUCCUCAUCUCUCUCUCUCUCUCUCACUCAUAAUUAAUGUAUGAUGUAUCUCUACGUAAAUCAUUUUGGAGCUGUUUUGUUUUAAGCGUGCUCUUUAAUUCAUCAAGAUGAGUCAUGACACCUUUUACAAACCGGCUCUCUUCCCCAUUCCCUCUAUGUUUGCAUUUUGAAGUUCUUGGAGUUUGUGCCUUGCUUGGUCCGUUAACCGUGUGACUUCUUUGAAGUAGCAUUCCUUAUUUGGGUUUGCUCUCAUUUUCAUCUUUCGCUCGUUUUUUUCUUGAAAUCUUUGUCACUUGCGCUUCCUGUUGUUUUUAAAUUUUAAGCUCUCGAUUGAAAGCUUCAGCCUUCUGUAUUGCUCUUUUGACGGGUGACCACAAAUCCCUUUCUUGAUUUCUUCUAACUAGUCUUCUGUACUCUGUGCUGUAUACUUGUAAGUUGUAUGGGUUAUGAUUUCUGCCGUUACUAGUUGGGUUCUCGAUGUUCCGAACUCUGAUGGUUACCUGCUUAUUUUUUUUAAUUAAUUUGUGAUUCUAACUAUCGUACGGUUGCUUUCAAACUACAGGAAGUCUAAAGAUACUAAUGGGAAUCGAUGCUCUAAUUCUACGUGCUUUCAGUUCUAAAUAAUAAUUGAUUGGACCAACUGAAUGCCAAAUAAUGGGAAAGUGAUGGGGGAUCAUUUUGUGUUGCUGGUGGAUCGGUUACUCACUGAAUCUACUCUUCAAGCUGCUAUUGAGAGCAAAUACUGGGGGCAGCAAACCACACCCUCAACAAGCAAAGAUUUGUUAAGUUCUGCCUUUAGGAUGGAUGUCAAUAGUAGUUUCUCACCAAGUAAAUUGGUAGAGUGUAGGAUCUGCCACGAUGAGGAUGAGGAGUCCAACAUGGAGACGCCUUGUUCUUGCUGUGGCAGCUUGAAGCAUGCACACCGCAAAUGUGUGCAAAGGUGGUGCAAUGUGAAGGGAGACAACAUCUGUGAGAUUUGCCUCCAGCAAUAUAAGCCGGGUUAUACAGCACCUCCUCCUCUGUUUCACUAUGGUGGUAUUCCAAUUAACUUCAGCGGAAAUUGGGAAAUGUCUAGAAGGGACCUGCACAACUCUCAAUUUAUACCAAUGGUUGCUACUGAUAGUGAAAUUUUAGACGCUGACUUUGAUGAAUAUUCACCUCCCACUUCAAGAAGCCUGCUUUGCUGCCGAGUAAUCGCUAUAAUUUUUAUGGUUCUUCUGCUUCUACGACAUACUCUACCAUUCAUAAUCAGUGGAGCUGGAGAAUACUCAUUGACAUUGUUGACGCUACUGAUGUUGAGGACCAUUGGGAUUCUUUUGCCCAUCUAUAUCAUGUUUAGAGCAUUCACUGCUAUCCAGCGUCGACGACAUCAUCAGGAUUCUCAGUCCAUUGCCACAUCAGAUGGGACAAACAACUUACCCCUGCAUCAAUCAAGUUUUAUUCGUGUGCUGUAGUUACUGGAGGUUCCUAUCAUGCUUGAAGAAAUCGGAAAGAACUCAUGUGAGAAGAAUGGCGGCCUUGUGGACUGUGAUACGAAGGAAAUCAACAUUUUGUGGACUGUGAUAGGGAGGAACUCAACCUUCCCCUCCUCCAGCUUUGGAACCCAUGCAGGUUGAAGCAAGUUGGGGCGGGAGAUGCUCAAAAUGAUAGGCCUAAUUGUGCCACUUUUUCCCUGGAAGAAGCCUUCUAACAAAGUACACCUAUCAUGAUGUAUGAGAGCUAUGCAUACAAAGUAUAGUUAAAGGGACAAUGUACUGUAUAUAUGAAUUGCUACUUAAACAAAAUGGGCAAGCCAAAGUUAAUGUUGCAUAUUAUGUUUGAUAGCAAAGAUGGCAAAUGCAUUCAAUAGUAAUACUACCACCAA